CGCAUGCGCGGCACCGCACCGCACCACUGCAGCAGUAGAUGAUGACGCCACCCAUUCAUUAAAAACAAGACAAGCCCGGACACGCACCACCGUCCAAAAGCCGGUGGACAAGCCUACUUACCGAACGCAGGGGUUGCUGGAGUUCAAGAAGAAACACCAAAGAAGAGGACGGGCUCGGACUAAACCCUAGAACCCUCCAUUUAAAAGCUCUGAGUAUAUCUGGACGGACGGUUGUUUCUCAAAUAAGCAUCGCCGUCAGGGUACCUGUCAGAGGAGGACAGUGACGGAUAUUUUCGCUGACAAUGACCGUGGAGGAUGAGCUGACAACAGCCGCAGCGAAGGGACACACGGCCGAGGUGGAGACUCUGCUGCUGAAAGGAGCUCCGGUUAACGGGGUGAAUUGUUUUGGACGAACAGCUCUACAGGUGAUGAUGAUGGGCAGCUCGCCGGUGGCUCAGCUCUUACUAACGCACGGAGCGGAUCCAAACGUGGCGGACAGAAGCACAAGGGCAACCCCGCUGCACGACGCGGCCCGGGCGGGCUUCCUGGGCUCGGUGCGGCUGCUGGUGGAAGCCGGUGCCGACCCGCAGGCCCGGGACAAUACGAACCGCCUCCCGGUUGACUUGGCCAGACAGAACGACCACACGGAUGUUGUUGCUUUCCUGAAGACUCUUUGAAAAAAUGUGCCUGCUUUCGUAUUUCCUAAUAUUUAAUUCCGUGGUUUCUGAUUGAGGACCACAAAAUAAGGCCCGGAAUGGGCCUUAUUUUCUAUUUAUUUAUUAUUUAACGAGAUCGCUUAUAAUAUAGAAGGCUACAGCAUUUUUAAUGGGCUGCUUUUAUAAAUCUGCUUGUGACUUUUUGUGUUAGAAAAGUUUAUUUAAAACACAAUAUGCUGUAGAAUUUAUUUCUGAAACAUGACUAUUUCGUAGAAAUCCUGGUUUCAUGAAUAUUUUUAAAACUUGUAAACAGUCUAGCUAAAUAAGAAGCCAAUGACUUGUUGCACGUGAUAUUUCUUUUAAACUAUGCACUAUUAUGAAAUGAAUAGAGACACGUUUUCUCUUUAUACAGUGUAUGCACUUUAAUAAAAAAAAAGAAAGUCAUAUCACGGAUUUGUGUUUUAAACACUUUAAAGGUGAAGGUUAACAUGCUUUAAAUGGUCUGGAAGUUGGAUUAUCGUCUUUAUAAGCCAAAAAAGAAGAAAUGCCUGGUGAUACAUUUAAUUUCAGUGGGAAGUUUUACCACUGUAAAGAUAUGUAUGACAAUUAAAGCUUGAAACAUA